CUCACUCUUAUUUGCCCUCUUCUCCACCACACUUGCAGAAACUCCCACGAAGCACCAGAAGUCCAUUCAGUCAUUCUAACUAUAAGAUAUGUCUUAUUUGUUUAGUAUGCUCAUGCUUAAGUAGUUAUGUAUUAGUGUUUCACUAAUUACAGCUAGUGUGAAUUAUGCUAAAUAUUUGGAUUAAAGCUGAUUAUAUGAUUGAUUGUUGUUUUCGAUGUUGUAUUUGAUCUUUAGUUGUUUUAAAUUGCAGAAAUGGGUAGAUUUUGAAAGCUCCAACUUCUUAUUCGGUGGAAUGAUUGUGUGUCAAACUCACACAUUGGGAUCGAUUAUGAAGAUGUUGAAUCUAGUAGGUUAAAGUUUGAGACCAGAUUCACGUGGAAAGAACUUUAUGGCAUUUGUGUAGAGCCAAUUUGUAUGGGUGACAGAUAACAGUUUGUAAAUUAACUUACUGAUAUCUUAACAUCAGUGGAGGCGGUGUCAUGUAUGAAUAAGUUGUCAUAUCUUAUAAUGAUGGUGUUAACAUGAUGUUGCACUUCCUAGCUGAAAACAAAAUCAGGCUUGCAGAGGUGUAUGUUGAGACCGAGGAUGUAGGUCAAGGUGGAACCAGUUCUGGUUGUGAUGGCAGUGAAAUCUCUUCCCACCAUCAUUCUUACGGUGAUGGUGUUGCAGAAGGAUGCAAAUGGGGUGGUUAUUCAAGCAACUAUGAAAGAGGUAGUUAUGUAGGCAGCGAUGUGGGAGAUGGGGUACCAUGGGAAGAAUAACCUCAUCGUGUCAAUUUUGUUGAGCCCAACCCAUUUGUUGAGUCGAAUGGUGUCUGAUGAGCGAUUUGGGGUCUAAAGUGGACUGAUAUUGAAAAUAUUAUUCGAGCAUCUAGACGAUCUCCAGAAAAUUGAGAUGACGAUGUUAGUGGUGAUGGUCACGAUGAUCCCACUAUCAAGAUGUCCAGUUAUCCAUACGAAAGCAACAUGAAUAGUGAAGAAUAUUUGAGAUACUUUUAGAGAAGAAGCCAUGCGGUGAAAGUUUGAGUGGAAGGUCAAAUAUUAUGACCCAAAAUAACUCCAUGGCAUAUGCAAGAAUGUUGGAGGAUGUCAGUUGGAGCCACGAGCUGCAUGGAUGAAGAAAAAGGGUGUUUGGACAAUUCACACGGUGGAGAACAACCACAACUACUCCUCGUCCAUACCCUAACUUAAUGCAACGAAAGUGAGUGCCACUAUUAAACAUUUAAUCGAGGCGCAACCAGACAUCACAAUCAAAACUAUCAUGACUGAGGUAAAAGAUCAUCAUUCGUACACAAUCAAGUACAAGAAGGCAUGGCAUGGAAAGCAAAAAGCCAUGGUUGACGUGUAUGGUGAUUGGGACAACUACUACGCUCUCCUCCCUAGACGGAUAGUCACAAUGGGGGAGUCUAACCCAGGGACUAUUUUUCGUGUCGUGACACAACAAUGUAAAAACUAAAUACCAAGUUCGGGUCCAAAAUGAGAUGAUGUUUAACCACUUAUAUUGGUCAUUCAAGCCAUGAAUUUUUCGGGUUAUCUUUCUGCCUCCCAGUGAUCCAAGUAGAUGACACAUUUUUUUCUAGAAAGUACAAGAGCACUCUUCUUAUUUCCAUAGGCGUUGAUGGGAUGCAGAUUUUUUCAUUGGCAUUUGCUUUAGUCGAAAGGGAGAACAAUUCAUGUUGGGCCUGAUUUUUAGAGCAGCUACAUGACCACGUCGCACAGUGACAGACUGACAGGGCAUAACCAUCAUCUGCAACCGGCACCACAGGAUUAGAUACAUCGUGUAUGAUGUUCUCGACGAAUGGGGGUGGGCGUGGCAUUGGAUCAUUUGCCACUUUCUUAGCAAUCGCCAACACAAAUUUGGCAGGAAGUUCAUCAAGAAUUAUUUGGCAUGCAAGUAUAUUUCUUUGUACUAUAUUCCUAGAAAGAAUUACCAACUGAUUAAUUUUUUUAUAUUGAAGGGUUGCUCACCAACCCAAAAAAUACGAGGAGAAGAUGAAGGUUAUCUAUCAGAUCCAUCGGGCGGGGGACAACAUGGGUGGAGCAGCAGGAUGUACACAUGUAGAUAUUUCUAGGGGUGUACAUGGAUCGGGUGGAUCAGGUUUGUCCGAUUUUUUCACCCACCCCGUUCAUAUUGAUUUCAAUGAUUUUAAACCUGAGCUCACUCAUAAAAAGCAAAACCAUGUCGGUUUAACACCCAUUGGGUUGGAUUGGGUGGACAGACAAUACCCGUAAAAACCCAAUCCAUAUGCAAAAUAAUAUUUUAUUGUCAACAAAGGAUGCUUGAAGGGCACCAUACGCAAAACAAGCUUCAUCCUAUAACACCGAUUUUGCAGCAAGACUCGACCAAAAUAAAUCCCGAAAAAUCCUUCCAAUAGACAGCAAAAACCAACAAAAGGAAGCAGUAUCACCACAACAAGAAAACCCAUAAAGAAAGCCUUUCAACUCACGGUACGAAUCACCAAUACCAAGCAACACCAACUCACAGUGAAAACUACUAAACACAGGCAACGACUCUUAUCAUAUCUGAACUUGCUAGGAUUGGAGGCAGGGAGAGACAAUAAAUUUAGAGAGAGAUGAUAGGGAUUUAUGAGUUAAUGCUCAUCGAUUAGGAUCCAUUAUUGGAUAUUGGAACCUUGCAAGGGAUGGAUGAGAAGUAGCUUAUAGUCGUUGGUUCAGUGAUAGUGAGGGGAGAGGCCACAAGAAAGAUGAGGAUAGAAACAUGCGAUAUAGAAAAUAGAUCGAGAACUAGUUUGCUAUAUAUGUUUUUAUUUUUGUAUUAAUUAUUUUCUUGGAAGUGAUAAAAUCUCUCUCCCCCUAUAUUGCUUUUCCUUUUUCGAUCUUGAAUAUAACUGGAUGCACGGGUUCGGUUUGGGUUUUAGCCAUUAGAAUAUCUUCCACCCACACCCACCCAUGAAAUACAUUUUUUUUCCUUUUUAUUUAAUCCAUAACCACCCAAAAAUCUGUAAAACUACCAUUCUUGGGUUGGGUUCGGUCGAUGGGAUGGAUCACGGGUUAUUUGUUCACCCCUAUAUAUUCCACAUGGAUGAUGGGGCUAGGUUCGGCAUCGGCGCAUUGUCAUUACUAAUCAUGGUGAAAGUAUAAAUGGAGUGUACAAGGGCCUUCGAGCAAUGCAUAUUUACACCAUAGUGGAGAUGACAUACUGAAAGGCCAACGUGUGGUAUGUUAAAAGACGUCAAGAGGCCAUUUGAGGGAGCAGGCCGGAGAAGCGAUAUACCUUAGUAUAUUGAAAGAUAUGAAAAAGUACGAAGACGAAGAGCGUGCUGAUAAGCAUAGAGUGACCCUUUUCAACCAGGUUGAAGGUCUAUUUGCAAUAGACACAUGUUUAUGGGGUGGAGGCAGACAUGGAGGCAAUCGUCAAACGACAACCCUCCAUGGUAAAGAAGUUUCAGACUAAAAGAGUGCCUUGUUCCCAUUGCAGCUAAAUCACAAUUCCUUAAUCCUCACAACUUUGUGAGUCAUUACUUCACCAACCAGGCGACCAUCAACUCGUAUGUUUGCAGUUUUGUGACAUUGCCAAUGAAGCUUAUUGACUAUUACCUAAUGAGAAGUUGAUUAUCCCACCAUUGCAUUUUAACCACACCAAGGGUUAUCCUAGGACAAACAAGAUUCCCAACGAGAUGGAUCGUUCAGGACGAGCAAGAAGUGUUUAGAAGCAUUGCAAAUUAUGUAGGCAACUUAGGCAUGAUAGGAAGCAUUGUCCAGAACCACCUAUAGACCCUAGUGGUAUUAAUUAGUAUCAAUGAAAGUCACAUUUAUUUGAUAUUUUCUUAUAAUUAUUAGGGAAUGCUUGCAUGCCACACACCCCUUCAAUCUUCGAAAUAUGUGAUUUCCCGCUUUGUGGUUUUAUAGUCUGAUGAGAAAUAGAGGGUCAAGAAAAUUGGUAAUCUUUA